GGCCAACGCCGGCCGAGUAAGCUAUUCUCUGAACUUUUCACGGAGGAAGGAUGUAAACCUAUUGGUAGCAUCAAAUCAUCUAUCUCAGGUAAACCCACUAUGUUUUUCAAUGAUGAAGAGCUGGAUAAUAUCAGGGAUAGGUUCCCUUUUACUGUCAAGGCAAGAUUCAAGAAGGAUACUUCGCCGGAGGAGAUUGGAAAGAGCAUGGCAAAAGGGGGUUUCAAGGGAGGAUUCCGUAUCACAGCAGUCACCAGAUUCCAGGUAAUCAUUGUCUUCAAUCAGCAUGGAGAUUACCUCCGUAUGCUCUCCAAGAGGUCAUGGACGGUCAAUGGAAUUCAGCUCUCCAUUUCCAAAUGGGAUCCGAGCACAGAAGAUAAACAUGAUAGCCAUCAAGCUCUCAUCUGGGUAACCCUCAAACACCUUCCUUUCUUCCUCCUUGACAAAAGAAAUCUGUUUUCAGUGGUUAAGGCCCUGGGGAAUCCAAUCAUGCUUGAUGAUACCACAGCAAGGGGAGGUUACUACCAAACUGCUAGAGUUCUUGUGGAAAUGGAUGCUACCAAACCCAAAAUCUCUUCCAUCCAGGUUUCUUCUACUUCUUGGGUCAAAACCAUUGUUGUGGUCUAUGACCCUCCCCUUUUCUCCAAAUUCUGUAAACGAUGGGGGCACUGCUGCACCCCCCCACCUGCCGCCGGGAAAGUCCUCACCGGUGGUGAACUCCAGUCGAGGCAUAGGGCCACAACAAACAAUAAAGUGUCCCAUGAGUGGACCAGAGUGGAGCGUAAAGGGAAAAGCCCAUGCAGGAAUACUGCUGACACCAAGGACAGCCCUGGCCCAAGCUCUAAUUACCAUCCCUCGUUGAAACACGGGUUUAUCGUGUUUUCGUACUAAAGCCGUGUUUGUUUUUAUGACAGGUUUUGAUAAUGCCAAACCGCCGUGAACGAGACAAGUUGUUGAAUAUACAAGGCGAGAAAUAAACAUAAGAAGAAAGCAAGAGAACAAGACCCAAAAGAAGACCAAGAACAAAGACCGUAGUCUUAGUGUUGUUGAGUCGGUCAUAAUUGUGAUCAAGACCGACCCAACCUUUACACCUUGGCUCUUUAGGCUAAAAUUCUUUUCAUUGCAUUUCACACAUCAUAAAAAUGUUUUUCAAACAUUAAAAACACUUGGUGUUC